GUAUGGGGGAUGCUGGCGGCUGGCGUGCUGCGCGUGCAUGUUUUAGACGAGGGCGAGGUGAUGGAUCGAUCUAUGCAUGUGGAUCUGAUUGAAGACGAAUUUGACGAUUGGAAACUGAACUGCGACUUCCUCGUUUGCGAUUACGAGCGGUGUUUGCGCACGCCAGAGGCUGUUCACGCCUUGAGCCAUUGCGGCCUGAAGCUUGUCGAUGACUGCCCGAAAGUGUCCCAAGUUUUCAGCGCCAUCGAGAAUGCGCGGAAAAUCUUACGUGAGCGGUUGGACAGGACGUGCCCAGUCGAGCUGGAGCCGAGGGGCGCGUUCGUCAGGCGGUUGCGGGCCGCCGUGCGAUGGGCCAACACGAACAGGUCGGAACAGCUGUGGUACAUUUCAACCAACCAGAAGGAAAGGACGGCGGACUGCCUGAACUCCAAUCCGCACGGGGCGCGCACUAAAUGGUGA